UAAUCAUGCAGCUCACAUUUUGGCGGGCUUUUUAAAGACGAAUAAGCUUUUCCGACGCAAGUACCUCACAUUCCGCACGGAGAGGAGCAUUUAAUGGCGCGCCCCACAUUGCCGACACCUGGAGCACUUCUCCCCAAGUGCCGAAUGGGGAGAUCAGUUCUCCGUGGAACUUCGCAGGCGUCGGUCGCGGAUGCAAAUAACGGGACACAGAGCGGCAAGAUCGCCAAUUCGGGCGAGGGCAAGGCUACAAGAGGGAAGCGACUGCGAACGUGAGAAACUAGCACAGAGAUUGCCAGCGGUGCGAGGCAAGAUAUCCAGAUUUCCAAAUAAACAAAUCCGCACAAGUGUGAGGCGCACCACACGAUCGCUCUAAUUAGGGGCAGAACAGAAGCGAACGGACUUGGAGUCAUCAUUAUUGGCACAUCAAUGAAUUAUUGGCGAUCCGCUCAGUUUGGCGGAUAAGUAAUUGACCCUCGGUCAGCGGAGGGCUACGAUCGGUUCGGGAGCACUCGGCAGCUGGAGCCAGCCGCGGUCGGGGCGACCGAAAGUUUAUUAUUGUUUGGGCCACGAGAGUGUAAACAAGGCAGAAGUGGCGACGCGAAGAUGGAGAACGUGCGCUUCUCGAUAAUCGAAAACGACCUGAAAUGGAACUCAGAAAGCGACCAGGCGGCGGACGUGGACCUGCUGCUGGACAAGCGCAGUAUCUCGAGCGAGGCCAACAGCGCGGGGGUGUUUAGUGACGAGGCGCAUGAGAUAUUUGCGCGUCAGCAGCAGAACCAGAUACUUUGGGAGCUGGAAGAGAUCGAGGAGACGCUGAGUGCGACGCCCAGAGCCAAGCAUGUCCUCGAUAUGGUCAGGUCCGGCUGCUUCCUCGAACUCAUGGCCGACUCCAGCGACUGCAGUCUGGCCCUGAUCUGUUGCUCGGUGUUCGGCAGCGUGGAGAACAUCCAGUACCUGCUGAGCCACUACAAUGCCGAUCCCAAUGCGGCCGACAGCCGAGGCCGGACGCCUCUGCAUUUCGCCUGCUGUCGCGCCAACGCCCCCAUAGCCAAGGUGCUGCUCGACCACGGCUCUGAUCCAAAUCGCUGGGAUGCCAAAAAGGAGGUGACAUCGCUGCACUGCGCGGCCAGCUCCAAGAGCGUCGAGUGCAUCCUCUUGCUGCUGAGACGCAAGGCCAGCAUCAACAUCGGCAUCGAAAAGCGCUCCGCCCUGCAUUACGCCAUCGAUGUGAAUGCGGUGGAGUGCGCCGAAAUCUUGCUAAAGUACGGAGCUGAUCCAAACACUCCGCAGGUCUACACGGAGACGCCUCUGCACACGGCCAGCGCUGCGGGAUUCGCAAAGUGCGUGCAGCUGCUCCUCGACCACAACGCCGACGUCCGAUCGCAGUUUGGCGAAGGAAAGGUUACGGCCUUGCACUUGGCUGCGGAAAACGACUACGUGGAGUGUGCCCGCCUGCUCCUGGAGCAUCAUGCCGAGGUAGACUGUCGCAAUGCCAGCCAUCAGACGCCACUUCACCUGGCCUGCCUCUCGCAGUCCAUCGGCACCGUCGAUCUCCUCAUAUCCUAUGGGGCCAAUGUGAACGCCGUCUAUCGGGACGGACGGACGGCCCUGCACGCGGCCAUUGUGAAGCAGUCGCGAUGCCUGGACUGCUGCAACGCCCUCCUAAAAGCGGGGGCGGAUGUGAAUAAGGCUGAUAACUACGGAUACACUCCGCUCCAUAUUGCUGCCCUCAACGAGUUCAGUAGCUGUGUGUACACGUUCAUUGAGCACGGAGCGGAUAUCACAGCCCGCACCGACGGACACGUCUCGGCGCUGUCCUUCAUAGUGCGCCGCACGCCAGAGAUAAUACCCAAGCUGAUGCAGAAACUGGACCGUUCCAUAAAAGCCAACGACCACGAAAUCGGCGAUGUGGACUGCCAGAUUAAGCUGGACUUUAGGCUGCUGGUGCCUAGUUCGUCGAUGGAGCGCGGCGAGACGGAGCUGCUGCUCUCGCUGAUUGAGGUCGGCCAGAAGCGCAUCCUGAUGCACCCGCUCUGUGAGACGUUUCUCUUCCUCAAGUGGCGUCGCAUCCGCAAGUUUUUCCUAAUGAGCCUGGCCUACCACACUCUCUUCGUGCUCCUCUUCACGCUCUACGUGAUCCGGGUCUUCGUCCGGUGCUGCAAGGAGGGCGAGGAAUGCCUGGCGCCGGGCUACGUCUCCACCAUUGGAUAUUUGGUGAUAAUCCUGAACCUCAUCCUGCUGGGCAAGGAGGUUUUUCAGAUGGCCCACGGGCUGCAUGGGUACGCCAAAUACUGGGAAAAUUGGCUGCAGUGGACCAUUGUCUUUGGAGUGCUGCUGUGCGUCUCGCCCAAGAUCCUCCAAACCGGGGAUCUGCUGGCGGUGCCCGUCUGGCAGCAUCACGUGGCAGCUGUGGUCAUCCUGCUCGUCUGGCUGGAGCUGAUGAUGCUGGUUGGGCGCUUCCCCAUCUUUGGCGUUUACGUUCAGAUGUUCACCAAAGUGGCCGUCAACUUUGGGAAAUUCCUGCUGGCCUACAUAUGUCUGCUGGUGGCCUUCGGCCUCAGCUUUGCCGUGCUCUUCAACGACUAUCCGGCCUUCGAGAACAUCCCCUGGACGUUCCUCAAGUCCAUCACCAUGAUGUCCGGCGAGUUGGAGUUUGAGGAUAUAUUUUACGGGGACUACGCCGUUAAGUUUCCCGUCACUGCUCACAUCAUCUUCCUGUCCUUCGUGCUACUAGUCACCGUCAUUCUGACCAACCUUAUGGUGGGCCUGGCCGUCAGCGACAUCCAGGGCCUGCAGGUCAGCGCAACCCUGGACCGGCUGGUGCGCCAGGCGGAACUGGUCUCGCGUCUGGAGAGCCUCUUCUUUUCGCGCCUGCUGCGGAGUGCGCCGACCAACCUGAUCCAGCUGUGCAAGCGGAGCGCCCUUCUGCGCACCUCUCGCGACAAGCUUCAGUUCACCAUCCGGCCCAACGAUCCCCGGGACAACCAGCUGCCCGAGGACAUAAAGGUGAACAUUUACAAGCUGGUGGCCGAGCGGCGUGACAGGAACCAGAGUCUACGCCGGCGCCAGUUCGAGAACAACUACAACUUCUUCAGUCGGAGUCUGCAGCGCCAACAGGAGCUGCCCCAGAGGGAGUCUCUGCAACCGGAGCCGAUGUUCCCGGUGCCCAACAAGACGCCCCAGAAUCUCUUCCACAUGCACGAACUGCUACGGCCCCGAUCCGCAACCAACGUACCGCAGCAGUUGCGCCAAGAGCAGGAGGGAGCGGUCCAGCUAAAGAACCAGGCCAACGUCCUCAGCGCCGUACAAGCGGAAGUGCAGGCGAUCAAGACGCAGCUGGGCGAGCUGGUGGCCAAGUUUGAGCGGUUCUCGGAGAACGCCACCCGCAAGCUAAACUACAGCGCUGACGAGCUGUGCCGCCUGAGGCACCAGCAGCAAGGUCAAUCUUCCUCCAACCACCACACACAUCGACACCAUCGCUGA